GGAGGAGGAGCAGCACUGGCGUCCGUGUCCUUCGAUACUCGGGAUCUGAAGAUGGCUGCCCAGUCCACGCCCAAAGUCGUGCCCAAAAGCACCACCAAGAUGUCGCUGAACGAGCGCUUUACUAAUCUGCUGAAGAACAAACAGCCCAUGCCGGUGAAUAUUCGGGCUGCAGUGAAUAUUCGGGCUUCGAUGCAGCGACAACAGCAGCUAGCCAGUGCCAGACACAGAAGACUGGCCCAGCAGAUGGAGAAUAGACCCUCUGUCCAGGCAGCUUUAAAACUGAAACAGCCCCUGGGUAAGAGUAACAUCCAGGCACGGUUAGGCCGGCCCAUAGGGUCCCUGGCCAGGGGAGCAAUCGGAGGACGAGGCCUGCCCAUAAUCCAGAGAGGCUUGCCCAGAGGAGGACUGCGUGGGGGACGUGCCUCAAGAACCCUACUUAGGGGCGGGAUGUCGCUCAGAGGUCGGGGUAUAAUAGGUCGGGGAAGAGGGGGCUUUGGAGGCAGAGGUCGAGGCCAUGGACGGGGGAGAAGCGCCCUGACUCGUCCUGUGCUGACCAAGGAGCAACUUGACAACCAACUAGAUGCCUACAUGUCGAAAACGAGAGGACAUCUGGAUGCCGAAUUGGAUGCCUACAUGGCUCAGACUGACCCUGAAACCAAUGAUUGAAGCCUGCUGGCCUGUGAGAGACUCUUACUCAAGUCGCCACACCUGUAAAGAAUAGCUGAGAAACCUAAUUGAUGCUGGAAGGACCUUUUGAUCAGAACAGGCUAUGGACUUAACUUAUUACCA